AUGGCCAAAAUUUUCCGAGUGGCGCGAAAACCUUCAAAACUCUUUAGGAAGUUACGCGCCAAAACUCGCGUGUGUCCCGAAAAGAUGAUUUUACUUGGUGGACAAAAAUCCGCUCCAGCCACGGGAGGAGUCAAGAAGCCACACAGAUUCCGUCCCGGAACAGUCGCCCUUCGUGAGAUCAGGAAGUACCAGAAGAGCACGGAGCUUCUGAUCCGCAAGCUCCCUUUCCAGCGUCUGGUCCGUGAGAUCGCUCAGGAUUUCAAGACCGAUCUGAGGUUCCAAAGCAGCGCCGUGGCUGCGUUACAAGAAGCUGCGGAGGCUUAUCUCGUGGGGUUGUUUGAAGACACGAAUCUUUGCGCGAUUCACGCGAAGAGGGUUACGAUUAUGCCGAAGGAUAUUCAGCUCGCGAGGAGGAUUCGUGGUGAAAGAGCUUGA